AUGGGAACACACGAACUGAAAUCAGCUGCAGCAUGUCAAGGAUUACGGUUGCCAACUGACAAGCCGCAAAUGAGCUGGCCAUGUGCAAGGCCAGCCUCUCCACCUUCAUCUUUACUCAAGUUUCACCCCAAUACGGGGAUAGAAGCUAUCCGAGGCGAUCAAAAGGCCUCAAAGGAGUGCUACAGGAUUGAGGUAAAGCCGAAGAAAAAAGCGGUGAAGACUACCGCGAGGAAAUUGGCAGAACUUAGCAGCAGAAAGGGGGUGACAACAAUAAUUGGAGGCGGUGACUCUGUUGCAGCUGUGGAGAAAGUUGGUCUUGCAGACAAGAUGAGUCACAUCUCAACUAGUGGUUGUGCAAGCUUGGAACUUCUAGAGGGGAAAUCACUCCCUGGAGUUCUUGCCCUUGACGAUGCUUGA